AUGCUGACCAUCAUCCGCCCUUGCUCUGCUCACGGAACUGUCAACCCGGCAUUCGAGAUCGCCGCUCGCCAGGAGUACUCCCUCGACAACGCUAUGAACCUUGCUCACUGCAACAUCCAGCUUGAGAAGCGCGGCUACAUUAACGAGGCUGCUUAUCGCCGAGCUCAGGUUGCCGACUCCCUUCGUCGCACGGGCAUUAGCAUGCGUGAUAUCGACUCCGUCCUCAGCACCGAUCAUGAGAUCAGUGAUGACAGCGUCAACUGGCACACUCCUGAUGCUGAAAUCUUCGCUACUCGUGAUGAUGGCUGCGUUCUCAGCAUCGAGACUACCGAGGGCCCUUUCUACGUUGAGGGAGAGCUUGACCGCUUUGACCUGACCGAUGGCCAGUCUGGCAUCCCCAUGUACCUGGACCUCCAGAUCAUCGACACCGAGACCUGCAAGCCCGUCCCCGACAUCUGGGUUGAAGUCUGGCACACCAACUCCACCGGCAUCUACUCAGGCGUCGUCUCCAAGGCCAACGGCGCAGGCGAAUCCGACCCCUCCAAUGCAGACAAGACCUUCCACCGCGGCCUCCGCAAGACCAACGCCAAGGGUGCCGUCUGGUUCGGCACCAACCUGCCCGGCCACUACUCCGGUCGCACCCCACACAUCCAUAUCAUGACCCACGUCCCUGGCACCGAGCGCCUUGCCAACGGCACCAUUCGGGACAACGUCGCCACCCACGCGGGCCAGCUCUUCCUUGACCAGAAGCUCGUCGAUACUUUCCGCAAGCACGAGCGCUACGCCGGCAACGAGCAGACCUUCAUCGAGAACAAGCAGGAUUACUAUUUCCGCCAGGAGGCGAAUUUCACGGAUCCUGUCAUGAGCUAUGUUCUGCUUGAUCACGAGGAUCGUGAUCUCGAGAAGGGUGUUAUGGCUUGGAAGCUUGUGGGUGUGAACAUGACUAAUGUUCGCGAGAUAUACGUCGCCAACAAGUUAGAGGGUUAG